AGGAAAUCUCUCCUAUUAUUAAAUUCUUGAAAAUCAAUGAGGGAAAUUUUUGUUUUAUAGUUAGGGGGUUUCGGAAUUAAAAUGGGAAUGAAUUUUUGGGAAGAAAUGCUAAAGGAUAGUGAUUUUUGUAACGAUUAAGUCAUUUAAAGUAACAAUCAUUUACUUAAUACUUCUAAUCUUGUGUAUUAUAAUUUACACGAAAAGAAGGCAUUUCCUAGGUGUCUUUAGGUUGAUUUAGGGCAAGAUUUACCUUAUACAAAUAUGGAUUUUAAUCCAUGUAAUCAAUUUUCAUUUAAUUAUUCUUCUGGUAAUAAUUUUGGAUUUGUAAAAAAUAAUUGCUCAAAUGAAAUUAUUGAUAUUCUUUUAGAUAGUAUACGAUCAGAAAUAGAAUAGUGUGAUUCAUUUUAAGGAUUUUAAAUAUUUGCAUCUAUUAUAGGAGGUACAGGUUCUGGGUUAUCUGCUAUUUUGUCCCAAAAAUUAAAAGAAGAAUAUAGUAAUGUAAUCACAUAAUGCAACCUACUGGUUCCUUCAAUAAAAUAAGACGAUUUAUGUGUUGUUUCUCCUUAUAAUUCUUCUUUAAGCUUUGAUAUGCUAAUGGAUUCUGCAGAAUAAUUAAUUUUUUAUGAUAAUUAAGGACUUUAAUAAAAUUUAAAUAGAUUAGGAAUUUAAUUCAAUUAUGAUGAUGCAAAUCUUCUUGUUUCUUAAACAAUAUGUUGUAAUUCUUCUCCAUUUAGAAAUCCUGGAGAUAUAAAUUCAAGUAUGAGAAAACUUUCAGCAAAUUUAACUCCCUAUCCAGACUAAAAAUUAUUUACAUGCAGUUUGACAAAUAAUCAAUAUAGUGAUUACUAUAAAGAAUAUUUAAAGAUGGAUGAAUAUUAAAUUUUUAAAGAAUUAAUGUCAACAGAUCACAAUUAAGCAAGUACAAAUUAUUAAAAUGUUUGGUUUCUGGCAGCUGCAUUAAGUCUAAGAGGAGAAAUAUCGAAUAAAAAAGUUGAUUUAUACAAUUCUCAUUUUGAAAAUUUUCUUGAAACAUAAUAUAAAAGAAGUUAAAGAUGUUUCGGAAAAAAAGCAGAAGGAGGAAAUCUGUUUUUAACUAAUAUUUGUAAAAAAAAGUUAUUAAAUUAUGAAUUUAUGGGUAGUUCGAUUAUUAAUUCAUCAAGCAUAGCAGAUUCAUUGAAAAAUUUGGAAGAAAAAUUGGGGAAAAUGCUAAUUCCAAAAGCUUAUAUGUAUAAAUAUACUUAAGAAGGAAUCGAUGAAUAGGAAUUUUUUGAUGUUUAAUCUAAACUUAUAAGUAUAUAUCAUCAAUAUAAAAAUAUGGACAAUGUAGAUGUAGAUGAAAAUAGUGAAUAUUGGGAAUGA